AUGUCCUCUCGCGACCCCACAAAACUCUCACCGAACCCCCCCUACAAGCUCUCCACCACAGGCAGUUCUGCAGCCGGUCACCGCUCCUCCGCCAACCCCACAACCCCUCAAUCCCGUUUUUCAGCUUCCAGUUUCUCCUCUCCAGGCGGCAGCUCUCUCCAUCAAGUCGACGAACCUCUAAUCUUCGAACUCGGUACCCGGUUUUUCCGCGCAGGGUUUAGUAAUGAAUCUGCUCCACGGUGUAAAAUCGGCAUCACGCCCGAAAUGUACGGAAGGGUCGGGUUAAAGGGUCGUGGUGGAACUCGAAUGAAUAGACGUACUGGGGAGGCUGCUGGACCUAGGAUACGGAAUACGGGGAGUGAAGAGUGGGAGCUUUGGACGACUGAUUUGAGGCUUAAGGACCUAGGUGUCGUUGAGGAUUUGAUGGAGAGGGUAUUACGUGAGGCUUAUAAUAAACAUCUACUAAUUGAAUCGAAAUCUAAACGCCUUAUAAUAAUCCUACCCCCCAUAUUCCCAAUCGCCAUUCAAAACACCCUCUCGCACCUCCUAUUUCUUCACUUCCAACCACCAGCGAUAACAUAUCUGUCAUCUCCCGUCCUCAGCUGUCUCGCCGCGGGCCUGCGAUCAGCGUUAGUCGUCGACGUCGGUUGGCAAGAAACUACAAUAACCCCGGUUUAUGAGCUUAGGCCUUUAACAUCCUUUAUCAAAUUCUCCAGCCGGGGGUCUAAGAGCCUAGUUGAAGUAUUUGGACAGUUGUUAUGGAAUACUAUAAAGCCCGAGGGUGACGAAGAGAGCUGGUGGAGGAUAUUUAAUUGGGCUGAGGUUGAGGAUUUAAUGUCAAGGUUUGGAUGGUGUAAGGAUACGAGUGAUGCGAGGGAGGAUGCUAGGCAGCGUGCGAGAGCUGCAUUUGGGCUACCGGUCGGUGCUGAUGAGAGGGAAGAAGAGGAACAUAAGGGAGAAGAAGAAGAAGAGGAGGAGGAGGAGGAAGGAAAAGAUGGAGAAGGCGACCUGGGAGCAGAGAAGAUUAAAAAGAAGAUUAAAAAGAAGAUUUCACCGGCGGAUAUCAGGGCCCAGAAACGAAGGGAAACGAUAUAUGACGCUAAAGUUGACGUCGAGUUUAAAACUCCGUUAUUAGGGGAACGAACCACAAAGAUGAAGUUACCAUUCGAAGCCUUGAGUGUGGCGGCGGAAUAUGCAUUCUUCCUACCAAGCUGGACGAAAGUACAGAGUUUUGGGAGUAAAGAAGGAGAGGGCAGACAAAGUUAUAUACCUAUCCCAAAAGUGGAUGAAUUAAUGGAAGGGUGUCAAGGAAGAGCAGAGUACGAAGAUGAGUCAGAGUAUACACUGCCAUACCUUGUGUUUUUGGCAUUAUUGCAUUGUCCAGUUGAUGUUAGGGCGACCUGUAUUCCACGGAUUGUGAUUACAGGAGGAGCUGCGGGUAUGCCUGGAUUGAAAUCAAGGAUUCUGGGAGAUUUAAGAGAACUAGUGGAAGAAAGAGGAGGAUGGGAGCUAGUCAAGACAAGGAAUAAGAAGGGCGAUGAACGACGAAAGGAGCUUACUGAGAGGAGAGAAAAGGGAGAGGAACAGAAGGAGAAGGAGAGGAGGGAAAGGGAAAUGCUACAAAGUGAGAGGGAUAGUUUAAGGAUCAAGUAUGCGAAAUUUGGAGGGGUGGCACCGGGGACGAUUAGAGGGGUGGAGACGAUGGGGGCUUGGAUUGGAGGCAGUAUACUCAGCGGGGCGAGGAUUAAGGGAACCGUGGAGGUGGAGAGGGAGAAGUUUAUGAGUACGCAUCGGGCGUAG